CUUUUUAAUCAAAUUAAAGCCAAAGGAAGAGCAGGGAGAGACAGAGAGAAUGAGUGACAGAGAAGGAGAGCAAGAGGGGUUUGGGAGGUCUGCUGUCUUGUUUUUGGAAGCUACUGUUUAUUUAAAUAGGAUGAAUGAUGGCAAUAUUAAAAUGAAAUUUGGGGAGACUACAACACUGUCUUGUCUGUUGUGGUGAUUGCGUCUGUCUUUGUUUGUCUCCAUAUAUGUAUAUUACUCCCAUCAUUCUUUUUUAAUGCGUUUGAGGAAGACUACCCACUAAUUUUGCAACUUUCACUGAUGUGGCUGUAGGCGACAUUAAGGAUGAUGUCACAGGGAUGCCAUCAGGGUUGUGUCAGCUUUAGUGGUGACUACGGCAGAAUCAGAUUUGAAUGACUUGGGCCUCCUUUGGGAAGGUUUCUAUUCAAAUGCUGGAGUUAAAUCAUAACAAGUGGCUCCAUAGGAUCAUUUGAUUUUGGAAAAUGAUGCAUAGUAGAGGUGGUAUCAGGCGGUUUCAGCAUCUGCUAUUCUGAUUGGGCCCAUCUUUUCAUAUUUGAGGAUUCCAAUUCCCCGAAGCCCAAUGCAAAGUGCAGUGCAUCUUCUGCACAUUAGCCGCUUCUCAGAGGUAUUUGGAGAGAAACAGGAAAUGAUUGGACAUGAAAAAGCUAAUAAUAUCAGUAAGAAGAACAGAUAGUACAUUUUAACGAUGGGUAAUUGCAUGAUGAAUGGCUUGAAGAAUCCAUUUCAUUACUAUUUUAACUGAUUAAAUUCAGUUUAGGCUGUAAAUCCUUCUGGAUUUCAAAAAUUAACAAUAGUGUAUGAAAACGAGGGGCCUUUGGUUUCAGUGUAAAUUACCCAGGAUAUACCUCCAAACUUGUGCACUAAUGGUAGAAAUAACAAUCCAGUUAUGGGUUUGAAUCCAGUUCUCUCUGUGUGGAGUUUGUAUAUUGUCCCCAUGUGUGCAUGGGUCUCCCUGGGUUAUUUGUCUGGAUCUCCAGCUCACCCCUGACCCAGAGCAGGGUAAGCUGUGAGCUGAAAUCCAGCGAGAUUCAGGAUGCCAUUGGAUUUUUGUAACUGAUUGUCAAUUCCCAAAUUGUUCCACCACAUAAACAAAUGUAACUCUUCCACUUUAUACAGUAUUUUCUGGACUCUAAGUCGCUUCGGAGUUUAAGUUGCAUUGCUCAAAAGAUGCAUCAUGAAGAGGUAAAAAAAAAAAAAAAAAAAAACAUUUAUAUGUCACACUGGACUAGAAGUCGCGCUUAUUUUGACAUUUAUUUUACAAAAUUCAAGACCAAGAGCAGACGUUUAAUCUGGAAAGGCAAGUUAUUCAACUACACAAUAGCGCACAGAACAACAGGUUGAAUAGGUGUCUGGUAUGUUAACAUAACAUAUUAACAGUUAUUCAGCUACACAAUAGCAUAAAGAAAAUACCUGGGAGGCUGAAUAGGUUACAUUAACAUAAAAAGCCAAGUUCACCAAGCUCCCGAUCUCAGUCUGUCUCAGUUGUCUAAGUUAAUGCUUCAGUUAUUUUUGUCAGGGUACUGGAGCAGCACAUACAGUCGUCCCUCACAAUGUCGCGGUUCGAUUAUCGCUCCCUCGCGAUAUUGCGGGUUUUCAGAAAUUAAUUAGUUAAGAAAUGAUUGCUGUUUUGUGGUAGACUAUGGUCUAUUAUGUAGUAUAUACGUAGUACUCUGGUACGUAGUACAGGCACAAUCAUCUGUAAUAAAAACCCUUAAAAAAGCAGGUUAUUCUUGUGGCCAAGCUGAAACUCAAUGCUGAACCCCCGACGUCACUUCUUGUCCGCCCAUCACUCAGCUACCUGAGGGAACACAUUUAUAGCUACACACACAAGCAUGAGCCCUAUUUACAGUAUGUCUUAUUUUAUCUUAAAUAUGUGUACUAUAUUGGGUAAUAGGAGUGUAAAGAUGACUAUAGGGGUGUUAUUUUACGUUUAGAGGGCUCUAAUAGGUUGCAAACAAGUUUUCUAUGCUCUGAUUACGAAAAUAUUCAUUUUAUAAAUAAGGAAUCUUACGGUACUUUUCAGAAAUUCACUCAUCAUAGUCAGGUCUGGAAUCAAUUAACCACAAAAAAUGGGGGAUUACUGUACUCAAAGUAAUCCAAAAGUCAAAACCCACUUGAUAAGCACGAGCAAGAAGCACGAGAAGUGAUUCUCUUUUGGGAGAAUAGUGCACAAAGUUCAACAAUGUUUACCAAGCCACUGAAGGGCGAAUGUUCAAUGUGUUUUCUUUGUUUUCCUUUUUCAAGCUGCAGACAUAAAGGCAUGAGGGAACAAGAGCAGACAUAAUAGGAGGGAAGUGAGUCGCAUAAGGGAAAGACGAAAGAGAAGAUUAGUAAUGUGAGUUGAAGAUUAAUUGACGAGUCAAGUGGGUCACGUGAAAACAAAACUGGGACCUUCUUACAAAAUAAAAAAAUAUAUAUAUAAAAAUAUCAAAGUGGGCCCCCGCAUCCUUUGAUGUUUCAGUAUGCGGCUCUUGGUGGAAAAUUUGGUGACUCCUUGCUGAUACCAAUAAGGAGACAAAUGAAAGCUGCAGAAGCCGUAGUCACUUCAUAUUUUAAAGUAUAUGGAUAAAAUAAAACGCUACAUCCCAGUGGGUAGAAAAAAGAUUGUAAUUUUUAGCAGCAAAACUUCAUUUUUUUUAAAUUCAAAAUUGAAGUCAAAUAGUCUGAAAUAAUACAUCCGUACUCCAUUAGUCAGUGAUAAGUAGACUAAAAAAAAACAAUAACGGCUGUAGAUAAAAUUUGAAAAAGUAUCGUCAGCCUCUAAGUAGAUCAAUAAACUGAUAGUUUGUUCAUUUCCUGUGCUUAAAAUGUUCAUGUUCCCAUUUUCUAAUUGGGAAAAAGCAUGAAAUAAUGUGUACGAACAGCCAGACAGCUUAUUCAGUGCAAAAAUAAAGAACAAAAGUGUGAAAAAACAGAUAAAUACAAUAAAACAAGUAUGAUUUAGAGAUGAUGAAAGGAAAGUCGAUUAGAAAACAAGGUCAAAUGAGAAAAUGAGCUAAAGGAAUCGGUGAGCACGAUAAAUGAUGUCAGGUAAAAGGAAACGAGAGAAGGUUGAAGACAGGGUAGAAGGUUGCAAGGUGUGAAAAAAGAAUGGAGAACAAUGAAUGAAAUGUGACAUUAUGAGGAAAUAAGGUGAGGUGUGACUAAAGAAAGUAGGGGAGAAGGAAAGGAAGGAUACAAAAGGAGGCAAGGUGUGAGGAAGAGUGUGUAGAAAGAGAAGGGAGGAGGCGAGGAGUCAGAGAGGGAGGAAAUAUGUUUGAAUUGAGUGGAGAAGGAAAGAAGGACAAGGCAGGAUGAGUGGAGUAAAUAAAGCGAGUGGAAAAAGUGAAGGAGCCAGUUCAAAGGCGAGGAGGGUGGGACGGUGUCCAUAUUUCACUGUGGAAAGUUCAAAGAGCGGCAGCAACGGCGCGCGUGGCCGCCAGUGUCUGCGUGAGUGUGGUUCCGUGUGCGCGCGCGCGACUGAGAGAGGCGGGAGGGCGGCAAAGAGGAGGGGCACUGCGCGCUCUCUCUCCCUGCCUACUUUGCAUAUUCCACGCGCCUCGGCUCGGCCAUAUGGGAAAAUGCAACUGAAGGAAUUGUCGGCCGGAAGAAGAAAAAAAAGAGUUUGACAUCAUCACGAAGCCAGAAAAGUUAGUGCGCGCCACAGGAAGAAGAAGCUAGACUGGAGAAGACGACAGGAUAGGAGGCGAAGUGCGAGUAGGAAAAAAAAAAAAGAAACGAGAGCGGGGACAGGAGAGAAGAUCUUUUCUUCCUUCCGCGGAGGAGAGGAACGAUGUAUUGCGCCUACACCAUCCCGGGGAUGACUGGCAGCUCGCUGAUGUACUACUACAAUGGCAAAGCGGUGUAUGCUCCAUCUGCCAGUACAGCCGACUACAACCGGGAUUCACCGGGCUAUCCCAACUCCAAACCUGGUUUCCCAAGCUCAUUCUUUAUGCCAGACGGUCACCACAGCGGCGAUCCAUGGAGCAGCAGUAGCAGCAAUAUAAGCCAACAGGGUUAUCACGGCAGCAUGUUGGGAGGGGGAAACUCGACACAUGGCCCAACCCAGAGCUCCUCGUAUUGUGGGAUUCACCCUCACGACAGACUGAGCUAUCCAGCACAUUCAUCAGCAGACAUAAACUCCAGCCUUCCCCCCAUGUCCAGCUUCCACAGAGGAGGGGGAAGCGGGAGCGGGGCCAAUCACUACAGCACCACCUCUUGCACCACUUCCACCAACGGCACAGACAGCAUGGCUAACCGAGCACAGAGUGGAGCAGCCAGCAGCUCACAGACAGGAGACGCCUUAGGGAAAGCACUCGCAUCGAUCUACUCCCCAGACCACACAAACAACAGCUACUCGUCCAAUCCCUCCACCCCGGUCGGCUCCCCGCCCACACUCACAGCUGCCAGCUCAGCUGUCUGGUCCAGGAAUGGUGGACAGGGAGCGUCAUCACCAAACUAUGAGGCUCCACUCCACUCGCUGCAGAGUCGCAUUGAGGACCGGCUGGAGCGCUUGGACGAUGCCAUCCAUGUACUGCGAAGCCAUGCUGUGGGACCAUCAACGGGCAUGACCAGUGGGCACAGUGACAUGCACAGCCUCAUUGGGGCUGCACAUACGCACAACGGUUCCAUGGGCUCUCUGGGAAGUGGCUACGGAACUGGACUGCUGUCGGGCAACAGACACUCCCUCAUGGUGGGUUCUCACAGAGAAGACAACGGCAUGGGCAGUUUACGGGGUGGACAUUCCAUGGCGGCGGUGCCUCAGCUGCCCGCCCAGUCAGCCACCUCUCCGGAUCUCAGCCAAUCUGACCCUUACCGAGCGCUGUCUGGAGGCCUUCAGGGCCAGAGCACCUCUUCUGUCAGCUCGGAGAUCAAGUCAGAGGACGAGGGUGACGAGAACCUCCUGCAGGACUCCAAGUCCUUGGACCCCAAGAAGGAAGACCUUGACAGCAAGGAUCUCAAAGCAAUUGAUAGCAACAAUGAUGAUGAGGACCUGUCCCCAGAGCAGAAGAUGGAGAGGGAGAGGGAACGGAGAAUGGCCAACAAUGCGCGGGAACGCCUGCGAGUGCGUGACAUCAAUGAGGCGUUCAAGGAGCUGGGCAGGAUGGUCCAGUUGCACUUAAAGAGCGACAAGCCGCAGACCAAGUUACUUAUCCUUCACCAGGCGGUGGCAGUCAUCCUCAGUCUGGAGCAACAAGUCAGAGAGAGAAACUUAAACCCAAAGGCGGCCUGCCUGAAACGCCGCGAGGAGGAGAAGGUCACUGUGACGUCAGACGGGACUCCCCUCUCACUGGCUGCUGCACACCACGCCGCCAUGGGCGAUGGGUCAAACCCCUUGGGACAAAUGUAAAAUGCAGCAACAUCUUCUCCCCCAUGAAUGGUCCAAGGUGCCAGAGUUCAUCAAGAUGAUGAGUGAUCACUUCCUCUGACAGCGUUUCCACGGACACCCCAGCAAUCAUUCAAAGCCACUGUCGCUUCAGCCCGACCAAUCAAGAUCCUGCAGAAUUUUUGUCUGACCAAUCACAUCGGCCUCCGUGUCUCCUCUCGUGUGUCUUUCUCACCCUCCUCUCCAUCUUUGUUUCCUUCUUCUACCGAGAAAACAAACUGCCGAAUCACGUGACUCGCUUUGCAUCUUCAGCUGGAAUGAACUUCGUAGAAUGGCCGAUGUAACAGGGGCUGCUAUCAAGCAGCUGUUUUUGGGAAGAUUUUGUCAAUGGAAGAAAAAAAAAAACUAUGGAAUCACCAAUCCUUCAAGAAAUCCUUCAUAACUAUAAGCAUUCCCAGUUUUAAAGAACAUUGGGCUUCUAUAUAAGAUAUAUGUAGUACUGUAUAUGUAUAUUAGAAAAAGAAAAAUGACAAAAAACAUGCGCAGUGAGGAGUAUAGAGCAUGGGGGAGGCAAACAAAACAUAUCAAGUGUUUAAAUACUGUUUUUUUAGAGCGACAUUGUGCAGCCUCAGCAUGUCUCUGACUGAAUGGCAAACCAAUGCCACACUGUGGAUGAAGCUGUGCCUGACGUCCUCUUGGAUGCAAAACAGUCAGACGGAUACACACGGAGAAACAAUGCAAACCGCACUUGUAGGUUCCCCCUCCACCCCCCCACCCCCCACAUGCCAUGACGAGCCUUUUAGCAAGGCUGUCAGAUGGCAAAUCAAAAAGAACAACAAUGUAACAUGUCAUUAUGCCCCCUCUCGUACACUUAAAAGUCAUUUUAUGUUUAGAGAUGUUUGCUAAUUUCAGCACAUGUCCAUUUUGACUUUGCAAACAGACUGCAAACCAACCAACUGAUAUCUUUGGAAAGCUGAUACCAACAUAUUGGACGACACAAAUGGCCUGCAUAGAUCUCCUACCAGAGCAAAAUGGAACAAUCGAAGGACUGACAUAUUUCAAUCACUCAAAACAAAGAAUCAUGCAGUAGUUGCAGUUAUUUCAGCCCAGUUCGGAACUUUCAAUUUGUUUUUCUCCUUCAGAAAUAAUGGAAAUACAACUAAUCCAUGCCAGGGAUCAUACAAGUUUGAAAUAGCACCCAGGUAGCGUGCUGUAUGUGUAAUGUACAAAGCAUGUAGCCAGCCUUAUCUAUGAUGAGUACUGCUUUCAAACCUAACUUGACUUUUUUAACUUCUAUCGUUAUCAUUACGACAGUGGAACCUGUUUAAGUCGACCCCCUUUAUGCAGACAACCUAAGUCCACCGUGUUUUCUUUUUUCUAAGAAGUAAACACCGACAUACACGGCCGACCAUUUUUAUCAACAUAAAAUGAGACAUCUAUUUCUAGGAAAAAUCAGUCAGCUUAUGUUGACAUGUGUUUUAGCACUGGUAUCGGCAUCUUUAUCGUUUGUGUGUUUUUGAACAAGCAGAUUUGUGGUUUUGUCAAAAUCAAUAAAAACAAAGAAGGGCGGGCGGGGCAACAGGAAACGAACUGCCUUAUUUCCAGAAAGCGGAGUUCUCCUUUAAGUAUAUAAUUCUUAUUUCGUAUACAGUCGUCCCUCGCUACAUCGCGGUUCAAACACUGUUCCAUCACUCUAGUGCAGUUUUUCAAAACAUUAUUAAUAAAUGAUUGUUUCGUGGUUGACCAUGGCCUAUUAUUAAUGCAAAAAUAUUGAAAGACAAGUUACAUGUAGUAUUCUGGUCACUGGGUGUCAGUAAUGUUACACUGAUGAGACAUGACAUUACAUUACCUUCACACUGCAUGAAGUAGUGUAGAGUGAAAAAAGGUCUCCCAUUCUGUGUGGAAGUGGUACGUUUUUGGCUUCUUACUUUGUCCUUCUUCCCAACUCUUUUUGAAACACUUUCUUAAGUUUAGAAUAAGUAAAUUGGAAAGGCUAACUAGUUAGCUUGGUAGCUUGCUAUGCUAGUAGCGGCUCUCUCCUAGCCUACGCAAUGUGGUGUAAACACAGGAUAAUAUAUAAAGGUGACUAUAGGGUGUUAUUUCAUGUCUACAGGGCUCUAAUAAUGGUAAAAACCAUAUUUAGAAAGUCAGAAACAGGAAUUCUAUGCUCUAACUAGUAAAAUAUUUAUUUUAUUAAUAUUGAGUCCUGAUCCGGUCAGGUCUGGAACCAAUUAACCGCGAUAAAAGAGCGACGACUGUAUAAUGUAAGGAUCUGCUGUACCUUAACAGUUUCAUUUCCCCAAAUGGCUAAUGUAUGCGUAAAUUCAAACACAAGCAAUAUGCUUACACUGAUCCAAGUUCAUCUGUAGAUCAGCAGUGUGUUUGCUGUUUGCUGCUGUUUUUAUGUUCCUACUUCAAAAACAUCCUCUACAUGACAGUACUGUAGUGUUUUUAAGAAUCUGCUGCAAAAAUGUUAGUCUCUCCUAAGUUUAGAACUGAACUCUGGAGUCAUUCCCGGGCCAAAUCUUGGAUUUGACGCUCAACAGUUGAAGAGUUCUGACUUUAACCAUGUCCACACGAAUAUGAUUAUUUUCAAAAACACAUUUUUCCUUGCGUUUUGGCCUCUCGUCCACACGCAAUUGUAGGUUUUGUCCUUAUAAACAAAGCUUUGGAAAACUCUGGCGUGGGUGGAGAUUUUCAAAAACUCCGGCUUCAGCAUGUAUGUAUGUGUGUGUGUGGAUGGGUAAAAUGAAUCUUUUUUUGUUUGUGUCAUGGCAAAUGUGUGACAUUAUCUCAUGUUUUUAAAGCUUAUUUAACAACAGAACAUGAAGUUAAUGAAUCACGGGUAUUGGUUUCCCUUGGUAGAUGUGUGUGCGUGCAUCUUAUAACACACACGGGCAAUAAUAAUUAAUAAUAAAAUCAUUCAUAAUAAAAAAUACUGUUUUCUGGGGAUUUUAAAAGUAAUGUACAUCUAAUGUCUCAUUAUAAUGAUGAACAGAUGCGCUAUAAUGUUUGCACAGUCAGCUAUUGAUUUUCCAGGCUUCUGAUUGGCCCAAAUGUUCGCGACAACCGGUGAAUGUGUUUUGAUGUGGGCAGAGACUUUUUUAAAAAUUCACUCGUGUCGCCUGAGAUGUUUGUAACACUGGAGUGCAUCCAAAACAAAAUGCACCCAUUUCAAUUUUGCACAAAACAACGAACAUGGCUGCAGGUUUAAAAAAAAGAUCAUGUUUUUUUAUCACCCAUUCUCUUUAUGUCUCUGGCAAAAAUAACAAGUAAAUCUGCAGGCAAAGGGUGUUUUCGGUUAUGUCGAGUUAAACGGGUUCCACUGUAUUUUUAUAUUUGGGUUAUUAUCACUGAUACACUUGGGAAACACAAAAACACAAAGAAAAUGCAAAAAGUACAGACUGGAAGGCACAGCAGUUUGUCUUGUCGGGUAGGACCAUAUUUGAAGUUCUAAGUUGUUUCAUUGCCAAACUGUUUGUGUUCUGCGGGUCCAUUUGAGCCUCUUGCACUUACAAAGACCUGCGACUCGUCAACAUUAUCCGAGGAGUGAUGGAAUCAAGUAUGACAUGUGUCAGGAUGAGCAACAGUAGAAUCACAUUGCAUUGAAUGUUGAAUAGAGGUCAAGCCUCUGGCAACACACAAAGCUAACUGGUCUUUCUGCUUCGGUCUAGAGUUCGUAUAAAAGCCCCUUUAACACUUUCAGACCUUUCACAACCUGCAGUAUGUUUGGUCCACAGUCUCAGUACUGCCAUUUCUGCUGACCCAAGCCUUAUGAGCCCUACUCCCAGUCCCCCUUAAGCCUCUUGAGACCAUGUACCCCCUCCACCCCCCACAGCGGUCCCACAGAUGCAAUUUGAACAUUCACACUUGUACCAACGUGCCUUUUUAGAGUUCAUAUCAUUGGAGUUGCCAGAGGAAGACAUUUACCUGGUCUUUUCAUAGGAUGCAAGCUUAGGGAAACCUGUUAUUAGUCAUUAGGUUCUAUGCAGUCAGGUUUUUGUACCAGACCUGGGAAUUUAAAAAAGGUAAAAAAAAAAUAAUAAUUUAAAAAGUAUUUUUUGGAUAAAAAAAAACAAAAAACUAAAUUGUAUUUGAUGUACUGUAUGCUUACGUGUAACUAGAGCGUGUUCUGGCUUCAAGCAGCCGGGACAGAUACUUGCCCUUGUCCCAGUUCUCCCUGUCCCUUGGAAGUCCUCCGUUACCCUGAACCCCCCAGCCCAGUUUUCAUGGUGAACAACGCGUCCCUUCUUGUAUUAUAGAUUAUCAGCUUUUUAUUCAUAUUUGAUGGGCUUUUCCUUGAGCCAAUGUAGUCUUCAGUACGUGUGUGGUUGUAUGUUGUAAAGCUUAUCUUUCUUUUUUUUUUUAAAGGAAAAUAAUUUUCAUGUUCAUUUUUUAUUUGUAUGUUCUGGUUUACAUGUCUAUUAUAGAAAAUGUAAUAAAAAAUACAAAUAAAAAAAGAAAAAGAAAAAAAAUCAACACAAUUUGCUAUCAUUAGUGUUGUUCUCUUGACAAGGGUCAAUUUUGACACAGUUGAAAUCAUACACAAUCAAACUGGAAGCAAAUCUAUUUGAAUAAAUCAAUCUAUAUAUAAAUGUACAAAAAUAUAUAUACGAUAUAUAAGGACGGUAACGUUUUCUUUUUUUUAUUUAGAUUUUUAUUUUCUGUUUGGGGAGGAAUUCUUUUUCCAAAGACUGAAUUGUCAGACACCCCAGUGUUAUAAAUCUUCAAAUGACUCCGUUAUGUCUUCUUUCGUUGCCAUGACAACCUCUGCCUCUGUUUAGUAUGGCGCCCCGCACAGGACAAAAAGGCACCGGAGGUCCAACAGCUACACUCACUGCUAUCCAUCAUGGCAGCGACACACAGACAUUGUAAAUUGUAUGCAACAAAACAGCGAACCCAACCCAUAUUUUGAAAAAUGGUGUAUGUAAAAGUUAUAUUUUUACAUGUAGAUGUUGUUAUUUGUGUUUUAGAAAUACGUUUUGUUUGGGCGGUCAUUUUGAAAAAGUGUGUGUUUAAAAAAAAAAAAAAAAAAGGCAUAUUGAAAUUGUUGUAAGAUCAGAAAUUCCCAAACAGUUUUUUUUACCAUAAUUGAGGGAUGUCGGGAUGAUGAAAAGAAAAGAUCAAAAAAGACAUUUGUUGAAAUCCCCAUGCCUCAUAAUAUUACCAUUGUAACUGUAUUUUUUGCAGAGAAAUGUGUAAAUAGUCAAACCAUUUUCUGUGAGGUUUCAGUGGGGUGAGGACUUGCCAGUGAGAUGUGAUAAUGAUGAUGAUGACGAUGAACCUGUUUUGAAUAAAACUGUAUCUGUCUGGUUACAAUAGCCAACUUUCCAUUGUCGGUGGUACUCAGUACUGUUGUACCAUUGGAAGUGUUUUUGUCUGCACUUGCACCCAGAACCAAUCUGUCAGGACGACCCCAGGCCACGUUGGAAGACUUUUUAUGAACUAAAAAGAACAAUAAUAUUGGUAGCAAAUCUAAACAGGCGUGAAACAGACGUGCUACUACUUUGAUUAACCUCCGAUAUAUUUGUCACUUUUUCCUACAAAAACCUUGAUUGUGUAUUGAAUUAUUAAAAAACAAAAAAGGAACCCAAAGAAAUAACUGCCAUAUGCUUUGACUUUAUUUCUUCGAGCCCCUCCGAACGCAAUUCCUAAUGAUAAUGUUUUGUAAAUUUGGAAGUUUUGUAAUAGAGGUCGUCAGCAAACAAUCGUAUCAGCUGUUCCCCCAAAAAGAUUUCAGAGGGCGUGCAAGGCGGUUUCUGUCGUUUUGUUUUUCGGGUUUUUGUCAAAAGGAAAUGCUGCUUUGAAUCGGACCUAGGUUGAACGCUAGGGUUUGUCAUCUGUAAAUUAAAAGUGUUUUUAAAUAAUGUUUCUUUUGCAACAUUUAAGUUGAUAUUUUCUAUUUGUUAUAUAAUCAUGUCAUUUUGCAUUACUGUCCUUUUAUGUUACUCCUGCUGUUUCUAUAAGCCGAUAUGUUCUUUUUCGCCCUUUCUUUUCCUUCCUUGUUGUACAUGCACAUCUCAUUUCUCUUUUUCAGUGACUGUGCCAAGAGCUUUGUAAUCUGUUUCUCUGUAUCAGUUUUACUGCAAUAAUGAGAUGAAUUCUAAAACCUCCGCUAUUGUCCUUUGUUGUCACAGCAAUUUUACAAACAGAUGCUACGCUUACAAAAAUCAUGAUUUCCAUGAUUAUUGAGCAUUUGGCUGUAAGACAUGCCGCAGAUA